AUGCCACCAGAGGCCUGGUCCUCAGAGCUCAUGAUCUUAUCAAAUUUAAUGGGCACAUCUGAAGAAGGAAACUUGCUCAGCACCGUGAGCCCCACAGUGAAAGUACUUUUUGGCAAGACGGGCGUCUCACCGAUUUUCCCCUUCUCCCCUCGAUCUCCUUUCCAGCCUCUUAUUCCCCGGACUCCUGGCUCACCCUGGGGCCCCAUGGGUCCAGCUUCUCCCUUGGGACCAGGCUUUCCAAUAGGGCCUAUGGAACCUGGUAAACCAGUUGGGCCCAAAGGCCCAAUGUCGCCCCUUGGCCCCUCAGGACCAGUGGGACCCAUGUCACCCUUAUUCCCCUUCUGCCCCUGAGGCCCAGUCUCUCCUCGGAGGCCUUUCUCUCCCAUGGGCCCUGCAAGCCCCUUGGGGCCAUGUUUUCCUGGGGAUCCUCUUGAACCU